CUACAAGCGACCCAGUGGAUGCGCCACAUGCAGGAGCAGCAACCGGCUUAUGAAUUGCAAAAAUGUCUGGGUCUGGAAGAAUGCAAGCUUUGUCAUGCAUAUUUCUCAUGGCCCAUGAUGCCUGUAAUGCAUGACUUAGCAUCGCAGACUUUUAGAGGGCUUCCUGAUGCACCUUCCGCAUGAGAAAUGCCCUGUCGGUGUAGCACAAAUUAUACCCCUCUUGCUGGUCAUGCAAUACAAAUUUUUUUAGAGUCCAAAAACAGCAUGACAAGUUGCAAUCUUCCAGACCCAGACACUUUUACAUUUGAUACAGCUCCUUCGAAUACAGUUCAAGGAGGCGGAGAAGUAGAAUCAAAAAACAGCCCGUCUGCAGGAGCCACCACCUUGCUAGAGGUGGAGGAAGAUGAUGUGAAUGCAGAUGCAGAUGCAGCGCACCAGGUCGCGUUGUCUAUUAAUGGCACUACUUCAUCAAUAUCUCCGGCCAGAGAUUCUUCUACUCCGCUUACUUCUUCUUCCCAACUGCAACUGGCAGAAAAGGGAAUCGCCGUUCCGAUUAGCGGCGCAGAAAGUGCGGAUCAAGACUCAUCUGCGGAGAUAGAGGACUUUUACCACCAGGACGAGCAGCGCGACCCGACUAGUUAUGCGAGUGUACAACUCGUCCCCCUCCCCGUCAUUUGUACUAUGGCAUGAACAGCAAUACAACCACAAGCACGCGUGGAGCUUAUGCAUGACAAAUUUAUGUGCCUGAUGUAGUAUUCUUUGCACAGCUUCCGGAAUAAAUUUGUCAUGCAUAAAUAGUGACGCAAGCGAGCAACUGGAAUUGUGGACUUUGCAUGAGAAAUGAGAAAAUGAGAACGAGGGGGAGGAGUUCUUGUGCACUGUCAUGCUAGUAGUUUCACUACGUCUAGUACACACAUACGCGGGGAGGAUCUUGAGGAUUUCAUAUCCACAAAAAAAAAACCCUCCCCAUCCAUGUUCGGCAUGACAAGCACUGGGUUUCAUGCAUGUUUUGCAUGACAACAUCAAAUUGGAUGGGGAUGGGUGUUUUUUGUCUUAAUAUUUCACGAUGGAGUUGCAGAAGACAUAUGAGAUAUGAACGGACAAAAUACAAUUUGACCCCAGAAAGAGCAUUUAGUGCCACGAGAAUGAAACUAGCGACCUACGAGAAUGAGGAAGCAAAUGGGGCUCCACCCGCUUACAACUUUUCCCGCUCCGGACGGGGUAGAAGCUGCGCUUUUCAUAGGGCUUGUGCCCGUUUUUUCGCGCGCAAAGCUACUUGUUUUGCGCGCGGUUUUUCUCCGCUCGAGCGGUCGGGUGGAGAAAAACUGCAUUACAAAAUUGGAAAACCAGCCGGAUGCAGAUGCAGCUUUUCUCCCCGCAGGAGAAAAGCCGCGCCACAAAUUCGCAAACUCCGCUUCCUCCGGUUGGAGAAAGUGAAAGACCGCGCCUCCGGUUCUCCGCAUUACAAAUGCGGAAAGGUGGCCUUUCCGCAUUACAAGUGCGGAAAGGUGCCCAUAGCCAUUGCAUUUGUAAUGCGGAGAGCCCGACCUUUCAAAGGUCGGGCUCUUCGCAUUACAAAUCCAAUGGGCGGAAAGGUCGGGCUCUCCGCAUUACAAAUGCGGAGUGCGGGGCUCCCCAGAGCUCGGGGUUCGGGUUGUGGGUAAAAUGGGGAGAGGGGAAAGCCCGGACCCUCGGGUUCUCCGCAACCCGGGCUCUUCUCCGCAUUACAAAUCCCCCCGUUCGCCAAAAGCGGCUGCCACAGCCGCUGCACACCGUCGGGCGUAACCUUUUGCGCGAUGCUAUCCCCAAGCAGCAAUAUUCGCACUCCCGAUAGCAUCGGGCGUGAGGUUAUGCUGCAUGGUAUCGCUGCGUGCGAAUUUUCCUCGCAGCCAUACCAUGCUGCAUUAGGUUACGCACGACCUGUGGCUGUCUUUUUCUGCCCCCCUUGGGCGUUGUGCAGCUUCUUUUUACCCUCAAACACGACCGGACUCCGGGAAAAGUUGUGGCUUUUAGGGAGGAAGCACAACUUUUCCGCGGACCACCCCAAGCCGGCCCCGCGGUGCCUCUUUUCCCGCAUGAAACCACGGGGCCGCGCGGGCCCUCAUGCAGUCAAUGGUCCAAAUUCCCGCGGCGUUCGGUGUUUCGCAAGCAUACACCUUCGCAGACACGGCCGAUUUUUGGCGUUUGCCGUUUUUGCGCCGGGCCCCGAGGGUCCGGUCGCUAGCAAUGAGGGGCCAGCGCGCGCCUUCGUUGUGUAGCCGGCGCGCUUUUUGUAGCAGGCUGCGUGGCUUUUCGUUUUGUUUUUUCGUUUCUUUUCCUGCUGGGGCCAAAAGAAAGGGCGCGGAACGAGGGGCGCCGGUGCGCUGGCGGUGUUUCUGGGGCAGCGCCGGUAGCGAUGCACCAACCAAGCGGGGGGGGGGAGGGCGCCUCUGCAAAAAGCGCGACCCGCUGGCGGCUCGAUGCCGGCCAUGCGCAUGCCGGUGGAGAGAGUCUGACGGGCGCACGCAUACCAUUUGGUGGCCCACCUUGCCCGGGCGACCGUCCGACGAGGUGUGAAGGAGGCGGGGGCCCCGGCGAUUCGUGGGGCAGGGCCACUGCCAUGGCAGGCCCAGCGGUGCAUUCGCUGUGGCGCACCUUCCUCAGACCUUCGAUCGCGCGCAACCGCGGAGCCGGGGCCGAAUGGUCUGAAAACCGGAAGCGGGGGCCCCGGGCCCGAUGUUUUCUACAUGUUUGGCCGGGCAUCUUCCGAGCCCACCGUCGUGAGCCCUGUCGGAGGGACCGGGCCGCGGCGGCAUGACAGUCUGACAGGCCGUGGGAGAUCGGCUUGCACCCACCCCGCCGGCCUCAACUCCCAGCGCGCGCGCGGACGUUCAUUCUUGCCACAAUGGGGGCGGUUGGCUUUCUGGGCGGCCCCAGAUAGAACCGCCCGCCCGCGUCGAGCAGCGGCCGGCCACAGCCUGUGGCGAUUGAAAAGACACCGCCCGGCGCCCGGGCCUGUUGUAUUCAGCGCCCGCGCGGGCCCGCUGCCUGGUGGUCGUCAGAUUGGGAGGCACACACCGGCGCCUUGUUCCUCUCGUUGCGCCAGCCCACAUAUGUCGUCCCCCAAGCCGCGCCCGCUUCCCUGUUUCUCCCUGCGCGGCACUGCCCCAAUGCCUCGCGCGGAGCUGCCCGCCGGGCCGGCGUGAGCCGGGUUUGCGCGAUUUUUCCGCUCGGGCAAGUGGGAUUCGGAACCGCGCCGGGCGGACCCGAGAAAGAGCGGCGCGAGAAUGAUUCUCGCAGGGCCUAGCUUUCGACGUGAAACGCCUCUCCAUUCUCGCGGAAGCACUACGUUUGCGCGAGAAUGGCAGAGAAUUUCAUGCAGAUGCGAAGCCCGCCACGAGAAUCAUUCUCGCGCCGCAAGUUAUGGGAGCCUGCCCGCAGCAACCCGGAAGCACACGGAAAAUGCCCGGGGCCUGGGGGAAAACUGCUGGCGCUUGCCAAAAAUGCAGCGCGCCGACGGCAAUACCGGGGCCGGCCAGAAGGCCAGAGGGAGGGCGAGAGGCUGCAGGCGCGUGGCGCCCCUCGGGCAAAUUUCUGCCCAAGAUCUUUCCGGCCGGGGGGCCCCAACGCUUUGCCGAAGUUCUUUUUUCUGAAAAUUGUUCGGCGGGCGCCCGCUCGCAGGAUGGGGCCCAGGCGCAGCGGGGCCGGGGGCAACGGCGAAAGCGGGAGGCGAGGAGGCGGGGCUGGCGGAUAUUGGCAAGGCCGAUGCAGUGGCAGCGCAGGCACCGCCUGCCCACACGCGCGCGCCACAAGCCGUGCCGGCCGGCGGGCCCUGGACAUUGUGGCUGGGCUCAGGCGGGCGCGGCCAGCCUGUUGGCCAGCGGGCAGGAGCCGAGCUAUUGCAUGAUGUGGCCACCAAUGCAUCUAGUGCCGGCGGCACCGGGGCCCGGGGCCUUCGCCCUCCGUUGCAUGCGCCUGCCCUUCGGUCCACAGAGAAGACAGAACCCGCCGGCCGCGCACACACAGCUUUGGGCGCGCGGCGGCAAUUGUCCCGCUCCGUGCAAGCCCCACCAAGCCAAGGGCUUCGCGCAAUGCGCCCAAGUCUGCCGGGGCCGGGGCAACGAGCAGGGAGCGAAAAUAAAGGCAGGCGGCGCGCAAAAGCGGGCCCCGCCCGGUGAUUCUAUUGCAGAAAAGAAACAGGCGGGGCGCGCCCCGUAUAUUGCGUUGCCGGGCCCGCCUGGUGUCUGUUAGUCUUCCGCCCCGAUUUGCGGGGGCGGUUGCUGGCCUUCUUUGUGUUGGCCCGCCCUGGUUUCCCGCGUUUUUUUCGCACGACAUCCCCGGGUCAAAUGUGCACGAGGGGGCGUUGGCCCUCAAAAUAAAAGCGCCGGGCGCGCCGCGGCCUUUUGGGUAGCCUAGGUAGCGAAGAGAAUGAACGGCCGACGGCCUCCCAUCAAUCAGAACCCCGGCCCGGGCCCGGAGUAGAUGCAGCCGGCGCGCAAAAUAGAGAGGCCACUCUCAUGGGCGUGCGUGCUUGCGAAACAAAGACAACCGCCACAAUUUUGCGCGCGGCCCCGGCGUGUCUCGCGGGCGCCCCUUGGGGCGGGGCCGGCUUGGGGUGCGUGGUCCGCGGAAAAGUUGUGCUUCCUCCCUAAGCCACAACUUUUCCCGGAGUCCGGUCGUGUUUGAGGGUAAAAAGAAGCUGCACAACGCCCAAGGGGGGCAGAAAAAGACAGCCACAGGUCGUGCGUAACCUAAUGCAGCAUGGUAUGGCUGCGAGGAAAAUUCGCACGCAGCGAUACCAUGCAGCAUAACCUCACGCCCGAUGCUAUCGGGAGUGCGAAUAUUGCUGCUUGGGGAUAGCAUCGCGCAAAAGGUUACGCCCGACGGUGUGCAGCGGCUGUGGCAGCCGCUUGUGGCGAACGGGGGGAUUUGUAAUGCGGAGAAGAGCCCGGGUUGCGGAGAACCCGAGGGUCCGGGCUUUCCCCUUUCCCCAUUUUACCCACAACCCGAACCCCGAGCUCUGGGGAGCCCCGCACUCCGCAUUUGUAAUGCGGAGAGCCCGACCUUUCCGCCCAUUGGAUUUGUAAUGCGAAGAGCCCGACCUUUGAAAGGUCGGGCUCUCCGCAUUACAAAUGCAAUGGCUAUGGGCACCUUUCCGCACUUGUAAUGCGGAAAGGUCACCUUUCCGCAUUUGUAAUGCGGAGAACCGGAGGUGCGGCCUUUCACUUUCUCCAACCGGAGGAAGCGGAGUUUGCGAAUUUGUGGCGCGGCUUUUCUCCAGCGGGGAGAAAAGCUGCAUCUGCAUCCGGCUGGUUUUCCAAUUUUGUAAUGCAGUUUUUCUCCACCCGACCGCUCGAGCGGAGAAAAACCGCACGCAAAACAAGUAGCUUUGCGCGAAAAAACGGGCGCAAGCCCUAUGAGAGCGCAGCUUCUACCCCGUCCGGAGCGGGAAAAGUUGUAAGCGGGUGGAGCCCCAUUUGCUUCCUCAUUCUCGUAGGUCGCUAGUUUCAUUCUCGUGGCACUAUAUGCUCUUUCUGGGGUCAAGUUGUAUUUUGUCCGUUCAUAAUAUGAGAUCCUGGAUGGCAGUGCGCGGCACACCGAGGGCGGGGAUUGGCUGAGUGAUCGGAAAUUGUAUCACAUCCGCAAGCGGUGGCUGCGCAGUUUGUACACCAGUCAGCAGUGCUUGGAAAACCUCCGGCAGCGAGCGAUGCGCAUUCACUACGAGAAGUACCACCGGCGCACCCGUCGUGUGGUAAUUUGGUCCGAGCAGCUGAAGCGGCUGCGGUUGAAGUUGAAGCGGUGGGCGCUGCAGUGCAAACAAGACAUUCAAAAGGAGCUCACGCCCUGGGAACGGUGGAAACUGGAAAAUCUGCCGGCGCGGCUGCAAAACUCCUGGCUUUUUAGCGGAGGCAAGCCGCACCCGAUGAUCGGGCAGAGCGGCGACAACCUGAACGGUAUCACGCAGGAAGAGACCAUGCUGGCGUCGUUAGUUUUCGAGGAUGAGGAAGAGUUGAGUAUCGGCGUCAGUGGCCAAGCUGUCGGUGCGCAUGGGUCUUCGAGUUCGUUUGCGCAGGCGGGCGAGGCGAGAAUGAACUAUGAACUGCAAAACAAAGUAACGUACUAGAAGUAUAAAUUGCAUUACAAAUUGACUCAGCAUUACACAUUAAAUUUGUAAUGCGGAUUUGCCUUAGCAAAAAGAUUUGUAAUGCAUAAACGCAAUUAGUACGAGUACGAUACUUUUGCACAGGAUAUGAACAACGGAACAACUACGUCCUUGAACGAUGAACAGAUUUCAUCUCCGGAUCCGGAAGAUGUUCUCGAACAGCCCAAGAAAAAAACACCUCGCCCGGAGCAGGUCGCUGAGGAGGAAGAAAUAUCAAAUGCAAAUAUGUCUGGGUCUGGAAACUUGUGAUGCUAAAAGGUGGAUGCUGGAAACAGUUCCGCAUGCAAUUUAGCAUGACAACUUUCCAGAACGCUUUCUCAUAAGCAAUCCGCAUGAGAAACUGCGUGUUUGCAUGUACAAAAGAGGCUGCGACUUUUGUUGGUUAUGCAAUACAGAUUUCCUAGGUAUGGAAAGCUAGCAUCACAAGUUCCAACCUUCCAGACCCAGACACAUUUGCAAUCCAUAAGAAAAUGAAAAUACCAGCAGCGAAGACGAGCUGGAGGGCGACUUAUGGAAACGUCAGGAUUGAAAUCGUCAAAGUUGAAAUAGAUUGUGAUGCAUAAAAUGCAACCCACAAAGUGCCUGUCUUGCAGAAUAGGCAAGGGAGGCAGAUUGUCAGCCUGUUCAGAAGUAGAAAUAGAGCUGCCAAGGUAGCAUGACAAAAAACGUCUUCCUUACCCAAACAGCAUGACAAACUGGAUUUGAGUUCUACCCAAAUUUGUCAUGCGCCACUUGAAAACUAGGCACCCACUGGUAUCCGUUUUAUACAUCACAAAUUAUUUGAACUUUGUCGAUUUCGAUCCUGACACUACCAUACGACUUAGAAGACGACGGUGGGGAAACAGCGGACGCACGCAGCUGGGGCACGCAAAUGUGGGAGGUAUCAACUGCAAAUAUCGAUCUGGGUCUGGACGAAAAGUGGAACGUGUAUUGCUUGGCUUGCAUGCCAGUGAAAUCUGUAUUGCAUGACUAGCAAAUAAAAUAAGUGCGAGGACUACUUCUUUUGUCGUGCAACGACGCAGUCUCUGAUGCGCGGUACGCAUGAGAUAAAAGCGGUUCAAACAUUUGUCAUGCUUGGCUGCACGCUAGAGGAUGCUCAACCAUUGGCAUUGCGAUCCAGCAUCACAAGUUUCCAGAGGACCCAGAUGACAUAUUUGCAAUGCACAAGAGGACUACGUGAGGAACCCCGUCCAGCACCGUGUGCAGCAAGCGGUGGGGGAGGUGAAGCGGUGGGUUAUCAAAAGAAAAUAAAAUCCCCCCGUUCCAUACCAAAACGAAGUCUCUGAUGAAGGACUUGUGUACAACUACACCAAUCAGAUUUGUAUUGCAGUGAAGGAUUGCAGGCAUAUGGUAAGCCUGAGUACUAGACGAGGUCUUGACGUAGGCACCCAGCACGGCAAAUGUCUACGCUGUUCUUGGCCCAGUAGCAUCACAAACCGCCCGCAUACUUACUUAAUGCGGCGGAGCCAGCAGCGGCGUCGCCUUCUAGCAGGACAGAGACGAUUUGUGGCCACUAAUCAGCAUUGCAAAUUUUCUGAGGCGUGCCGUUCUGAUAUGAAAAGGGAGGACUUUCUCUUACGAUAUGGGUUCCCACCUGGCUAUCCGGUGAUCCGCUGCAAGCACUAUCCUGUGCAAAAGUAUCGUACUCGUAUUGCAAUCAUGCAUUAAAAAAAGUAGUGAAAUAAUUUAAAGAUCUUUUUUCAUGAAGCCCGUCACCAAAAGAUAAUAGAAAAAUAGAUUUUUUGCCUUUUUGUUAAGGUACAUCAGCAUUACAAAUUUUAUUUCUCAUGGUGAGGAAAUUUGUAAUGCAUUUAUACGAGUGCGAUACUUAUUUAGCAAUCCAUAGUCGCAGAAAGGCGACAACGCGAAUACCCGGGCGCGCAAGAAGAGGAAGCGGAAGCUGGCUCGGAAGCUGCAGCAAGAAAAGCUGCGGCGGGAGCAGGCGUAUCCACAGUAAAGUUCCCGUACACGUACAAAUGCAGUCUCUGCAAGGCAAAACUUGCCUUUAAUCCUAGUCCAGCAUGACAAGUUGGACUCUGCAAGGUAGCGAAAUUUGUCAUGCAUUUUGUACAUGUACAGGAGAUUUGUCAUGUGCAUAAGGCGAGCAAGCAGCGCAUCAAGUCGGGCGACUUGGUUUUGCUGGGCAGGACGUCGUAUCACAUGCAAAUAUGGAUCUGUGUCUGGAAUUCGAUUGAACUUGUAAUGCCAGGCCUACAUUCCCCCAAAGAUCUGUAUUGCAUGACUGACAAAUAAACGACGCCACCUUUUGUUACAGACAACCGCAGGAGCUUCCCAUGCGGACGGCGCAUGAGAAAGCGUGGUCCGCAAAACUUGUCAUGCGUGGCAGCUGCAUGGGGAAGUCGAAGUAUUUCAGUCAUGCACAUAAUUUCAGCAUCACAAGUUUAUUCCAGACCAAGAUCGAUAUUUGCAGUUGAUACGUCGGACCAGCAGACGCACGAAAUGCAGGAGCGGCGGCUAAAGAAACACGACGAGGACCACAUGUACCGGGCGCACAAGGUCAGCUAUUGUGAGGAAAAAUCCCCCCUCCCCAUAUCGAACAGGAAAUUUGUGAUGCCGGAUUUGCGUACACAAGUCAGUUUGUACUGCUAGAAGGGCAAGAGACGCAGUUGUGGCCUUGUUUGCAGGCAAUUUGUCAUGCUGUCUCCCGCUUCCAGUUGCCUCGUGUCAUGCAGAAGAUGCAAGGCCUUCCCACGCCAGCCAGAACUACAGUCCGCAUCUUUUGCCUUCUAGCAUGACGACAUGACUUGCGGCCGCAAAUCAGCGUCACAAAUUUCCACUUUGAGUUUGGGGUGGGGGGAUUUUUCAUUUUGAUAUCAGCGAAGCCCUCCUGACAGAGGCGGACGAGCAAAUGUACAAGCAGCUGUUCGGCCACCACUUGAUGGAGGAGGCGGAAGAAGAUAGUGCAGACGAGUCCGCCGAGCUGAACGACGCGGUUGCGAUGCAGGCGGGCGGGGCAACGGCAACGGCUGCGGCAACCGCCCAAAAUACUGCGGGAAGAUUAAAGCGCAAGGCCGAGAUAUCGUAAGAAAAAACUGUUCCACUGUAAGGAUUUUGCAAGUUUUGCAUUACAAGUUCACUACACAUUACAAAGGAAGCUUGCCAUGCGAGUAUCCUAAGGGAAAACACCACUAAAAAUCACUUGUCUUGCAUGUGUAGCAAGACAAACACUUCGGUGAUGCAUUUUCUACAUCACAAGUUCACAGUGAAACAGUUUUUUCUUGCGAUACGAGAAGCUGCGCAAGCUCGUGGAGAAGCAGGUGGCCGAGUUAUGCAAGAAAAAAACUGUGUAA